AUGGCGUACAAUCCCUAUGGAGUGCCGCCCUAUGGGCCUCCUCCUACUUAUCCUGGCUAUCCGGGCGCGUCGCUUGCGCCCGGAAUGGUUCCUCCGCCAGGCCUAGGUCCUCCUCCAGGCAUGUCCUCUACUGCCCCUGGAAUUGCACCGCCCCCUGGUGUCCAGCCGCCCACUAGUACCCAAGCUAAUCGACCAAGCGGGCUCCCGCCGUCCUUUCAACCGCCCCCCAAUCUGCCAAACAUCAAUUUCAAUGCACCCGUAAUUCGCCUCGGAGCGAGCUUGCCAUCGAAAUCGGGUUCCUCCACUAGCGAACGCAAAGAUAGCCAUGCCGCUACGUCAACACGCCCCGGGUUGGGAGCAGAUCGUCUCGACCAGUCACGCUCCAAAACAGAAACAGUCCAGGCGUUGAUACCGCCCACGGCAGAAGAGCGUCUGCGCACGAUCUUUAUCCAUAAGAUCCCCGAGGGUGUUGGCGGUGAUGAAGGCAUCCAGAAGUUACUCAAGACUGUGGGCAAGCUCAAGCGGUGGGACUCGGGUCAGUCGCACCUAUCGGAUCACAAGGGGGCUUUAUUUGGGUUCGCACAGUACGAGGAUCCCGAAUCGCUAGCUGCUGCAGUUGAGUUACUCAAAGACAUCGAGGUGCCCGUGAAGAAGCAAACUCCGACCGAAACCCCGCCCGCUGAUGAAGAUGACAAGUUCGAGAACAUCGAGAAAGUGAAGCUUAAGGUUGAGGUCGAUGCGAGCACCAUCAAGUACCUCGAGUCGUGGAAAGAAACCACGGGCGAAGAUGCCGGCGUCCAGGCUCGCUUGGGCGAGUCCAGGCUAGCCCUCAAACAGUUUAUUCGCGAACUAUUCUACCCUCGUGUGCAGACUGGAGCGGAUCCUGAUGGAGAUACAGCAAUGGGCAAUGCACCCAACGGUCCCGGUGAGAAUGUUGAAGUCAUCAACAUCCCCUUGGCUCCCGAAGACGAACUUGCAGAUAUCCCCGCUGAAAUGCGUGCGACGGUGGCUGCUGAGAUUGCAGCAUUCAGGGAGCGGAGCAAUCGGAGAGAUCUGGAGCGGCUAAAGAGGGAAGAAGAGUACGAAGAGAUGGAGCGUCAGCGGAACGGCGCGCCCCGCAAGUCCCGUUUGGACUCGCCUCCGGCGGGUAAUUCUAACAUGGUCCCUCUUGGACCUCGAGGCAGUAGUUCCAAUGCGCAAUCUGGUCCUCGGUUUGUCAAUGGCACGGCCAAUGGACAAGCUCCACAAUGGCCUGACGACGACGACACGGACGCCGACGACGAAGAGCUGUACGAGAGGGAGCUGGCUAAACAGAGAGCUGAGGAAGAGAAGCUGUACCUGGAAGCUGAGAGGAAGUGGGUCAACCGCGAGCGCCAACGUACUGCUGCCCUAGAGAGAGAGAGGGAACGUGAGAAGGCAGAAACCGAGGGCUAUGCUAGGAGAAGAGAAGAGCAGCUUGAGAGGGAUAAGAGUUGGGAUGAUGAUCGGGAAGCGGCGCGUAAGGGACACCUUUACUACCGGGAUCACGGUCAGUGGAUUCGAGAGCGCACUGCAUUCCGGGCAGCAGAGGCGGCAAGAGAUGAGAUGGACCGCCACGCCGAAGAAGAGGAGCUGCGUAGGGCUGAGGCCGAGCUCGAGCAAGCGAGGGAUAUGGCCGACUCCUUCUUGGAGCGGCAAGCCCAAGAGAUGGAGAGCAAGCCUGCAGCGCCAGCGGCACCCCAACGUGUCACCAUUUCGUUUGGCGCUGCCGCCCAGAAGGCGGCUCAGCGUGCAACAGCACGGCGUACCGUCGCUGAAGUCGAAGGCCUGCUCGACGACGAAGAGCAGGAGCAAACGACCAAGCGGCAACUUGUGCCAAUCAAGUUUGAACCCAUCACCGACACGAAGGCCAUGUCCGAAGAAGAUAUUCAGAAUGCUAUUCGUGCUCUCGCACACGAGAUUCCGGUCGACCGAGAUGGUCUUUGGAAUUGGGAGGUCAAGUGGGAUUACCUGGAGGAGUCGGUCAUCCGCGAGAAACUGCGCCCGUUCGUCGAGAAAAAAGUGGUCGAGUACCUGGGUGUACAGGAGCAGUUUUUGGUCGACGUCGUGGAGGAGCACGUGCGCAAGCACAAGAAGCCGGCCGAGUUGGUCGAGACUCUCAGCGAGGCGCUGGACGAGGAUGCGGAGGACAUGGUCAAGAAGCUGUGGAGGAUGGUCAUCUUCUUUACCGAGUGCGAGAAACGUGGCUUGCCCGCGUAG